GGAAAGGAAAAUUUUUGUCUGGUUUGGAUACAGCCCCCUGGGAAUUAUAUAUUUGGUUGUACAUACCAGUACCCCUUUUGUCUUUUUUAAUUGUCACUGUUAGAUGGUCUUUUUUUUACAUUUUACUACGCUCUCAAUACUUCGAACGCUCUCAAAAUGGGUUGCUUGGCUUGCAGUGACGUGAAACCGAAAAAAGUGAACUUUCUACGUGUAUUUUGCUUUUUUUGUUGUUUUCUAUUCAUGUUUACUUCUGGCCAUAGUACGUUUGAGAAAUCGUCCAUGUAUUCCGAACGGACGGGCGGUUUAUGGGAAACACUCACCGAUCUGUCCGAGGAAGCACAUAGCUAUGUAGUGCACCUUGUCGGUGCACGGACGCUAAAGGCUGUACAAAAGAGUCUGUCUCAGGUGGUGUGGACUGUAGCUGGGGGGCUGGCCUCGGCGCUGACUGUGACUUCACAGUACCUGACACAACUUCUCAGGGCAGCAGGAGUGGAGGUUGACUUGCAUUUAGACCACAUCACCCCCGAGAGUGUGGUUAAUAUUGGCCAGUGGGUUCUGCUGGCCCUCAUUGGCUACUGGCUGCUGUCCAUGGCCCUACGAUUGGUUGCGUCCACACUGAGGCGGGUCUUGUGGCUGCUGAAACUGAGCGCGGUCUUGGGUCUGUUUGGCCUCAUCCUGAGCGACAGCGACGCUGAGACACAGACCACUGCACUGCGAUUGGCUGGCCUGGGGUGCCUCUGCAUCUUAUUGGGCAUUGGACAGCCGGGGGCGGGCUCUGCAGUGAAGACCGCCCACCUGGAGGAACAAGUGAGAGCUUUGGAAAGACGAGUGAGAGAGAUGGAGCGGAGGAGGAUAGAGGAGUGAGGGAUCGAACUGGAGAGGAAGAUGGAGGGAUGGAGAGGAAUUGUGAUAUUGCAGAAGAGGAGAAAGGGUACUCUUGUUUAACUGUUCUUUAUGUUCUGUAGUACAAAAUAAAGUUCUUGGAUUUGUAAAGUGUGAAUAAAGCAUUAUUGACAGAUACUGUCGACACCAUAGGUUUGGUUUCUACUCUUUAUUGUGGUGGAUAUGUAUCUUCUAAAGUAUAUGGAUGCUAUUGAUACACAGAAUAAAAACGAAUGGAACAUUCUUUAGGAAUAUACACAGUGUUAAAAAUCACUCCAUUAUACCUACUAGACCCGGGCACAGUUUGGAUUACAGUGUAUGUUUGAUUUAGUCUACAAGGCACAGUUGAACCAGUGGAUAAGGUGUGAAAGUGCUAACUGCAUGCAAGAGGAAAAAAAUCAAACACACCCCAGUCAGCUAUUUGAAAC